UCAGGGAUUGGCUAUUUUUCUAAACCCCUGUCUGCUUAGUACCGUUAUUCUUGAAUUACGGCUAUACGAUAUGUAUAUCCUUCACGAAGCAGGCGCAGUUUAGGGGAUUGUUCUGCAUUUCUUCUCGGUGGUCUCUUAUUACAUGAAGCUGCGUACCAAACUUGAUUCAUCCGCUUAACGUCGAAGUCAUGGAGUCGUUACGUCCUCAGCGGUUGCAACCUGGCAUCGGGCUUGGAAACGCAAGCGGGACCCUCCGUUCAUCUCUUCGUCCGGGAGUGACCGUCCCUACCGCCCCGCCGCCUCCCGUCUCCUGUUUGUCCGCCUCGGGUCCUCCCCCGCCGCCGCCACCGCUGCAGCUGCAUAGCCUAGGGAUGGGGGUAGCAGGAGCUUCCGGGCUGGGAGCCACGGCGGGAGUUCGGGUCGGACUGGGGAGUCCAGGGAACCCCGCGGUGUUACGGGAGGCAGUGGAAGCUGUGGUACGAAGCUUUGCGAAACACACGCAAGGUUAUGGCCGGGUAAAUGUGGUUGAAGCCUUGCAAGAGUUCUGGCAGAUGAAGCAGACACGAGGAGCAGACCUUAAGAAUGGUGCCCUGGUGGUUUAUGAGAUGGUACCGUCAAGCAGCCCCCCAUAUGUCUGCUAUGUAAGCCUUCCUGGUGGCAGCUGUUUUGGAAGUUUCCAGUUCUGCCCUACAAAGGCUGAAGCCCGUCGCAGUGCUGCCAAGAUUGCCUUAAUGAACUCCGUCUUUAAUGAACACCCAUCACGACGCAUUACUGAUGAGUUCAUCGAAAGAAGUGUCUGUGAAGCCCUAGCUUCAUUCAAUGGAAACAGGGAGGAAGCAGACAAUCCUAACACUGGUAUAGGAGCCUUCCGCUUCAUGCUAGAAUCCAAUAAAGGCAAAUCAAUGUUGGAAUUUCAGGAGCUGAUGACAGUCUUUCAGUUGUUGCAUUGGAAUGGCAGCCUAAAAGCGAUGCGUGAGAGGCAGUGCUCUAGACAGGAGGUACUGGCACACUAUUCUCAUCGUGCGCUGGAUGAUGACAUGCGUACACAGAUGGCAGCGGACUGGGUGAACAGGGAGCAGACUGUGCCAGGCACUAUUGCACGGGAGCUUGGGGCUGCUGAAAGAGAGUUGGAAGAAGCCCGACUGGCAGGCCGUGAGCUGCGUUUUCACAAGGAAAAAAAGGACAUCCUUAUGUUGGCAGUUGGGCAGCUGGGCAAUUCUAAUGCGAACACUCUGCCAGCCAACUGCUAAAGAGCUAAAAGGCUCUGAUUUUUGCAAAAAAAUCUAGGGCAUAGAACAGUAUUCUUGGUCACAGUACACCCCCCCCCCCCCCCCCAAUUAAUUUGGAGGGCAAAGACUACAGUGUUGUUUCACUCGGUGAUGGCACCACUGUAACCAUUCAUAAAUGGAGUAAACUGAUUAAUUAAUCACCAAUUUUCAAUUAUUAUAACCCAGAUGUUAUUAGUAAGAUUUAUCCUGCAAAAUUUUAACUGAUAAGUGUUAGACUGCACUUAACAUUUUUGUACAUAAUACAAUCUCUCAUUGUUGAUUACCCUACAAUUUUAAUAUAACUCUAAAAAUGUCUAUAAUUAAAAUGCAGUUUACAAAUUAAAUAUGUACACUAACCUUAGAAAAAAGAGUGCCAAAAUGAAAACAAUAUGAAAAGUAAUUUUUAUAUUAAUAUUAAACAGUAUACGUAGGGAUUUUCAAAGGAACAACACAAAAGAAUCAAAUAAAAAUGGGGAGUGGUCUCCCCUAGACUUUCUCGUAUACUCAGAUAUGGGAAUGGAUUUGAGGAGUAAACCUCAAGACAAUGAUUAUAUUUUUAUAUUAUGUACAUUAAAGAACCAUCAACAGCAAAUCAAAUCAAAUUAAUAAUAUAUUGAACAAUUAUUACAAAAGUAAAGUUGAAUAAAUCGGACUCGGCAGCUGCAUGAAUAAAAGGUAAAGUACCACCUCCGGUUAGCGAAAAUAGCCCAAAAGUUAAUAGAAAUAAAUGUGUUGUACUUAAUACUUGUAUGCAAAAUUUGGUUGACCUAAGUGAAAGUGUACUCAAGUUAUUGUGUGUACAUACACACACACAGACAGACAGACACACAGACAUAAUUCCAAAAAUGGUAUUUUCGGACUCAGGGAGGUCUAAACCGUCAAGAUUAAUCGAAACCACAAAAUGGAAUUUUUGGAGGAUUCCAAUACUUUCCUUACACUUCAUAUGUGAGAAGGUCGGGAAUGUGUAAAAUGUCGAGAUUCAUCAAAAUCUCGACAUCAAAUUUUUGGAUGAUUACAAUACUUUCCCUAUACUUCAUAUACGAGAAAGUAAAAAAGAAAAAACAGCCCCUGUUUGUCCCUGGAUCAUUAAGUGCUGUGUCAUCCAAUGAGUCACUGGCAGGAAGCAGCCUUUCAAACCCAACCUGGAGUUCCUUCUAGGACAGUCCCUUAAUCUUCUUCUAGUGUCAGAUACACCCCGUGAAAGUUCUUGGGUUGUGUCACCAAAUCUACCUCUGGCAACUCCCAGUUUCAUUGUAUCCCUGAACCCCAAAUCAUAGUCAAAGUUCCAGUAUUCAUUUGUGUUGCUGAUUCCAUCUAUGGUAGCAUCAAGAGGACCCUGUGUUGUUAUUUGGUGGUUUGGAAAACUUCACUAGGCUUCAUUGUGUAUUCUCAUAACUUGUGUAAAUCCUGUGCCCACAGUGAAGUUAUUUCCGGGGAGCUGAAUAAGCUUUUAGGGCAUGCACCGAUCAGAAGUGCUGCCUACCUACAAUGGGUUCUCCUUGCCACACUUUUCCGAUUUAGACAGCCAUCUAGUGGUUUCAGGUCUAUAUUACCUCUAACCUGGUCACUGUUUUGUCUACUUGUCUCCAUCACGUUAUAACAUGGCACAGCCUUGCCAACCCAGCAAUGUGCUACAAUAUAUACAUGCUGUAUUUGUUCUUAGUGUUUGUGCUGUGCAAAUCUGUUAACAUUUAGCAAAGCACUGGGUCACUUUCACAAUGCCUUCUGCUAUUUUGCCAAGUUUACUAGGGUCUCUUUCAAAUAAAUCAAGAUUACUUUUUGAGCAGCUGUGCCAUCUUGUAAUUUUCUUAAUAUGUUACUUUAAAGUGUGCUCAACAUGUAUUUUAGUUUAACAUGACUGUUUGCACUCAAAAUAUGUUUGCAGUUGGGCCUAUAAAAGUCACCCCAGUCAUACAUAUCAUACAUAUUAGCCAGUGAAUCUACAGUAUGUACAUUUGACAUAUGAGUGAGUAAUAGGUUAUCUGAAGGAUUUCAUGAUAGUAUCUUUUUCAUAAAAAUGAUGUCACGUGCAGUUGUCAUUGUUUGUACUGCAGCUUGUAGGAAGCAUAACCUCAGCAGCUGCUGUCUUCUGAGAUAUUUUAUUUCCAAUUAGCUUUUCUAACGUAUUAGUUUAGUCAAACCUGCAAAGACUUAUCCAGAUGUGGAUCAAAGAGCACAUCAUGUAUAUUUUGCCAGACAGUGAAUUGAGUUGUUAUUUUAUAUUUACAAAGGGUUAUUGCCUUAUUUUUAUAUACUUCAAAAAUUGUACUAUGCAAAAUGUAAUGAUCUAAUCUGCAACAUCUAGAAUGCAUUGUUACUUAAAUCAUUGUGCAGAGGUAAGCAACUGUGUCUAACCAGGCUUGUGGUGAUUACUGUUUGUCAUUGUAGAAUAACUCCUAACUGUGUUUUGAUGAUUCCGUUAAUAUAGAAAAAAGAGGUGUCUUUUUAAUUACACAAUGAUGUUUUUGAGCAAACAGUCGUCUAACUGUGUGGGUUUACAUUCCAGCAGUUCUCUGUGCCAUUUCCUACUCUUGUCCGCAUUUUACAUUGAGCGGACAUCAUAGUCACUCACAUCUCAGUACUAUAAUUACAACAGUUUAAAUUGAAGCAAUUAAUCAGUGAUAAUAAGAGUAGCUGGGAUGAAAGUCAGAGGAUAGUGGCAGUCAUUAGAACAUUAAUUAAAUGAUAAUUUUAGUUACAGUGAGGUAUUUCAGAUCAGAUUCAUCAAAGGAGUGGUGUUUAGUGUGAAAUCCUUACUGGAUUUUUUUAUCCCAGUGAGUUUUCCUACUUAUAUUGACUGCAAGAACUGGAAAUGCCAUUUACUCUGCAGUCACGACUAUCAUAACAUAUUAAAGUAGGCUCUGCAUUUAUCUUGAAUUUUUUACUUCUUCUUUUUAUGACAAUGCCUAUAUAUACUCCAGUGGCACUAUUUUUAAUUACACAUAUCCAUUUUAAUAAUGUCACUAGUAGCUCUAAUCUCUUUGUGCUAUUGGAAUUCCACUUCCUCAUGCAUAUCUGAUGACUUAACUGUAGGAAAAGUAAGGAGAAGCAAGGAGAAAUUGCGGGUGAAAAUGACGCAGUUUACAAACUUAAAGUUUAGUGGGUUGAAGAUUAUCCUACUUACACAAUUCAUAGCUGCUUGAUCUCAGAGCUUUUCCUGACAUCACAGCUCAUUUAAGAGAAAUCCAUUGUGAAAGAUAAUCAGUCUAAUGUAGUGUAAAAAGCAAUACACAUUUAGGUUUUUUACAGUAGUUCUUUGUAGUAUGGGGAAGAAGUGGAGUGUCCUAUGGAAACUUUUGCGACCAAGAAUGUUACAUGGAACAUCCACCUAUCCAUUUUCUAGUUCAGUAUUGUACAUAUACGGUACCCAACUUAUGCUCAACAGUCUACAUACUAGCCUGCUUAUACAGUUAGCAGUUGAGAGGAGCCAGUGUCUGUCCUAGCAGCAUUGGGUGCAAGACAGGAACCAACCCUAGGUAGAGCAACAGUUCAUCACUGAUAACACUCACACACACAAUUGAACCUUACAUGUGAAAGAAACACUGCAGGAAACAAACCUUGUGUAAUCUAGUGUCAUUCAGCCUAGGUGCAAUGGCACCAAUGAUAAAACUAAUAUAUAUCAUUGGAACCAUAUAUUGUGUAAAUGUUUGUAAUAUUUUUACCACAUUUAUUGAUAGUGCACAGAUUUUGGAGUUUUGUUAUUGGUACAGUUACAAAGAAUUUCAAACAAGAUAUUUCAUUUAGUAACAAUGAUUCAUGGCUAUCUGUAAGCCUUACAACACCAAGGUAAAAAUAAUGAAACCCAUGUCUCAACUUCAGGAAUAAAAAACACAAACCCAAUGUGCUGUGGCAUCCAGAAGUUUCUGAUUACCACUAGAAUGUAAUCUGCAUUAUCAUUUUCAUAUUUCUAGAACCAUGCAGACUGUAAUGUGUACAAUUUCUUUUUAAUUUUAAAAUCUUGUUUACAAUUGCUUAUUUUUUCAAAACAAUUCUCGAUGCACGAGCGGACAUAUUAAGCCUGCCGACAAAACAGACAGUUAUGGUUUAGAUAAUUCCAUAUUGUGAAUAGAAUGAAACCUGACAGAAGCAAAGCAGCACUAAUAUACUUUUUAAACUCUUUCUAGUAAAUUGCCUUUUUUAUAUUUUUAGUUUCUACAUGAGUAGCUGCAAAGUACUAACAAAAUAGAGUUAAUGUUGUGUUUUUGUGUUUUCUUAUGUACAUUAUGCAAAGGAGAAUUGAAAAGUGCAUUGCACAGUGUUUGAUGCAGCACUAAAACUGAUUUAUAACUUGUUGUUUAUGACCUCAUCUAUAGGUGUGUAUCCCAAACUCUUUUAUUGCAUUUUGAUUUAAUUCAUGUGUGUUAAUUUUCUUUGUAUUUUUCUACAUGACAAAUAUAUAUUUGAUAUGAGUAAUUUUUGGCAUUUUACUAUGAAAGUAAUCUUCUUUUUAUGUCUAAUGCAAUAAACCCUAAAUAUGAAGAAAAA